AUAUACGUAUAGGCGCGUGUAUGCUUUUUCUAUUGCAUGCAGCGAUUAGCGAUAUGGCUUAUGCGUCUUUCAUGCAACUUCACAGAGUUUCCUUCCAACUACCGUGUCGACCAUAGUUAUAUUUCUGAAUAUUAAUAAAGCUGUACCACUAUUGUAGGUUAUUUAAUUAUUUAUAAGAUCGUUAAAUUUGCCAGUAUAAGCAAAAAUAUCGAAAGUUCAUAAACAAUGCUAUAAUUGGUAUUAUUAUCUACGCUUUUCAUUAAAUACUUGUACUGACUUUACAAAAUGCCUUGCUGGUAUUAUGAAAAGAAGGAGCUUCGAAACACGCCUUCCAUUCAGGAUGGAAUUGACUAUGAUACAGAAUGUCGAUACAGAAAAGAGGGGGCUCGAUUCAUCAUCGAUGUUGGCACAAAAAUGGACCUGGGCUACAAUACAAUGGCCACUGGUGUUGUGUAUUUUCAUAGAUUUUACAUGUUUCAUUCUUUUAAAACGUUUCCACGAUACGUGACUGCUUGCUGUUGUUUAUUUUUAGCUGGUAAAGUAGAGGAAACACCUAAGAAAUGUAAAGAUAUUAUUAAGACUGCAAAAACAUUGCUUAGCGAACAGAAAUUUUUAACUUUUGGAGAGGAUCCAAAAGAAGAAGUAAUGACAUUAGAGAGGAUUUUAAUGCAAACUAUUAAAUUUGAUUUGCAAGUAGAACAUCCAUACAGUUAUUUAUUAAAAUAUGCAAAAUGUUUAAAGGGUGAUAAAAAUAAAUUGCAAAAAAUGGUACAAAUGGCAUGGACAUUUGUUAAUGACAGUUUAUGUACCACUUUAUCCCUACAAUGGGAGCCUGAAAUUAUAGCGGUAGCUCUUAUGUAUUUAGCAGGAAAGCUAAGUAAAUUUGAUGUUGUUGACUGGAAUGGAAGACAAUCAAAACAUUUGAGAUGGUGGGAUAUGUUUGUCGAAGAUGUUACCAUGGAUCUAUUAGAAGAUAUUUGUCAUCAAGUACUGGACUUGUAUUCGCAAGCAAAUAGUGCAAAAACACCAGAUUCCCCACCUCUGCCAACAUCCAAUGAGCCCAUUAGAGACAGACCUUCGAUACAACCGGUAGUCGAAUCUGCCUCAACUACACCAAAUGCAAUGAAUUCUGCAAAAAUUCCAAAAACUGAGGCUGUAUCGGUCUCCGCAAACGGAUGUCCAUCUACAGACGUACCAGAUAGUACAAAGCCAAUGGAUGUAACUAGUCACUUUACACCAUAUUCAUCUAGUUUUCCUCAAGGAAAUACAUCGUUCCCUCCUGUUUUCCCAGCAAACAUAGCAGUACCACCACCACCACCUGUUAACACUUUAAAUCACAUUGUACCUCCGAUGCAUAUGAAUGUUUCUGGUCCUAUUCGACCUCUGCCAUCUUCGACAGCAUCUACUCAACCGUCUUUUCAUCCUCCUUAUUCUUAUCCAGCAAAUUCAAAUUACUUUACAAGUGGUACAUCAGCACCAUCUUCGAAUCCACAACGAACAUAUUAUCCGCCUCAAUCGUAACUUAGAAGUAAAUGUAGAAUAAAUACUAAUUAAUUGUAUAUCAAUACAAUAAGAUUUUUUAGUAACAUUGGAAUUAAACUCUAAUUUGAUAAUCACAUUAUUCAUGAAUAAUUUAAAGCAAUAGAGUGAUAUUAACCGCAUAAAUUAUAUAAAUAAGCAUAUUUAAUUUUCUUAAAACUCCACUGGUGAUUUCUCUUCACAUGUAAGUUUAUUGGUAGUAUUUUAAUUCGAUCAUACAA